GGAGGUCGGGGCAGGGGCGGGGACAGGGGUGCUGUAGCAGGCAACGCAGGGAACUCUAGAUCCCGAGUGCAGUUGUAAAGAAAGCGCCAAAAGAGGCGCAAAGGCAAAGUGACUGACUUGCCCUAUUCUUUGCUCCCCAGGGUGGUGUUAGCACAGACAGGUAAGGAGAAAAGGAAGACUGUGCCUGCCCCUUUAAGGCUGACUCCCUUCCUCCUCGGAGGAAAACAACGUGCUAACGCUUUUGGAGCUUGCACUUUUAAACCUGUCUUGCUGCUACCUGGGGAGCUGGCCAAGCACGCCGCGUCCGAGGGCACUAAGGCUGUCACCAAGUAUACCAGCUCCAAGUAAAUAUAAUAUGCCUAGCGGCUGUUAACGGAGAAGGCAAUGGCACCCCACUCCAGUACUCUUGCCUGGAAAAUCCCAUGGACGGAGGGCCUGGUGGGAUGUAGUCCAUGGGGUCGCUAAGAGUCGGACACGACUGAGCGACUUCACUCACUUUCACUUUCUUACUAAUUAAUUCAAAUACCCAGUGUUCCCCCCUUAAUCACAUAUUCAUAACAGAUGCUUCAUUGGUGCUUGGCGUGGGAGGGGGCGGCAUCGGUUUGGAUGACACUAUGUCUAAAAUAGUCUCAUAUUUGCUCUGCUUUCCUUUUAAACCUUAGACUCAAGGGCUGACCCAAUCCUUCCUACGCAAUUAGUCCAAUGAGGUCAUAAAUGUGGGCUGACACCCACUUAAAAUCUAUCCCGAGUUCACAGACUAGUAGCCUCACAGGCAUUUUGACCCUCCUUCUGUGUUGACAUUUUAAUUAAUUCCUGCGUUUAAAAGUGGGAAUUUUUUUUUUUUUUUCGGGUGGGGACUUGCAGCAGAUGGGAUCUUAGUUCCAGGAGCAGGGAUUGUGCUCCCUUCAUUGGGAGUCUUAGCCACUGGACUGCUGGGGAAGUCUGUGGGUUAUCUUGAAAAAUGGAAAGAUCUGGCCAUAUGUCCCAGGACGGGCUGCAGCUUGCUGGCUCCGUUGGACUGUUUUGAAACACCUUCUAGUUUGCCACAGCCUCUCUGUUAUCAGCAACCAGCCUGCAUCACUCAUUUAUCACCAGUCUGGCCCCAGGAUUCUGUUGUUCACAAAGAAUGAAAAGGCAUGUUUUAGAAGAUUGGAUUUUCCUAAAUUAACACAAAGAAACUUUCAUCUAAAGUGAACUUGCACUUGUGCAUCAUCUGCUACAGAGGAGAAGCAGCUCUUAUCAAGAGCAACACCAGCAUACCUGUGCUUUGGGACCAGACUGAUGGCUUUGAGCCCAGGCUGGAGAGUGUUUGCAUCAUUUCCCAUGAACCGCUAUGUUGUCCUCUGGAAGGCUGUGAGAAGCAGUGGCUUCCCCUUGUUUCCCUGGAGUCACUGCCCCUGGAGAGGAACUGGAAGCCUUUUGGACCCUAAGAUGAAAGCUUUCCUGGAAGAGAACACUGAAGUCACCAGCAGUGGCAGCCUCACCCCUGAAAUCCGGUUGCGGCUUUUGACCCCCAGAUGCAAGUUCUGGUGGGAGAGAGCUGACCUGUGGCCCCUCAGGGAUCCUUACUGGGCAAUCUACUGGCCAGGGGGCCAAGCCCUGUCUAGGUAUCUUUUGGAUAAUCCUGAUGUUGUCAGAGGAAAAUCUGUGUUAGAUAUUGGGAGUGGAUGUGGAGCUACAGCCAUUGCUGCUAAGAUGAGUGGAGCCUUAAGGAUCUUGGCCAAUGACAUAGACCCUAUUGCAGGAAUGGCUAUUACACUAAAUUGUGAGUUGAACCAACUGAAUCCUUUUCCCAUUUUAAUCAAAAACAUUUUGGAUUUGGAACAAGAUAAGUGGGACAUUGUUGUCCUUGGAGAUAUGUUUUAUGAUGAAGACCUUGCAGACAGUCUGCUUCAAUGGCUGAAGAACUGCUUUGAGACCCACAGAACUCAAGUACUGAUUGGUGACCCUGGGCGACCCCAAUUCACUGGACAUAGCAUUCAGCAUCAACUGCACAAAGUAGCAGAAUAUUCACUUCCAAAGCCUACAAGGCAGGAUAACAAUGGACUGACAAUAAGCACGGUGUGGCAGUUUCAGCCUUGAGCUGUUGAAAUUCCUCCAGUAGGGGAUAUAGCUAUGUUUGGGUUUAACCUGAAAAGACUGUCUGGUUCAAUUUGUGUUAAAUGGUAAAUCUUGCUUCGAAAAUAUGAAGGUUAAAAUUUUGUCAGCCUUUGUCAUAUAACUUGUUCUACAGUAAGCCAAAUGCAAAAAUCUCUAUCUGUAUUUUUUUUUUUUUCUAGUUUUACUGCUGUGCUUAGUUGUUCUGUCAUGUUGAACUCUUUGCAAUCCAUGGACUGUAGCCCACUAGGCUCUUCUGUCCAUAGGGAUUCUCCAGGCAAGA